AUGGAAGGAUCUGGGGUGCCGCGGCGGCAGGUUGUGGCGGCGCGAGCCAGCGGCGAGGAGCUGUGGCGGGUGCCGGUCGGCGAGGAGGGCCAGGCGGUGGCGAUCGGAGAUGGGGAGCUGGCGUGGGAGCAAGUCGAUGGCUGGCGAGUGUCGGAGGAGGGGUCUGGAGGGGUGGUGUUUGUUGGCUUUGGCGGCGACGGCGUGGCAGUGGUCAAGGCGAGCGGAUCGGUGGCGGCCGAUGCGGUGGCGGCCAAGAUUGGCGAGAUGGUCGGCCUUAAUGCGCCCGCGACGAGACUCGUGGCGCUGCAUGUCGAUGCCGAGCGAGCUCAGCUGGCGGCAGCGCUCAAGCGGACUGACGCCAACACAAGUGUCGGCAUGCCAUCGUCAAGUGUGGUACGCCUCCUCCGUCACCCGAUGCUGACCCUGGCCGAGUACGUGGUGCCGACGACAUCGGGCGUCGCCGAUGUGCUGCAGAGAAGCCCUGACGCCGUCGCCGACCUUGGCGCCAUACUCAUGUUCGACGUGCUUGUUCGCAACGCCGACCGAAGCCCACUUCUGAUGGAUCACGGCGGAAACGCCGGGAACAUGCUCGUCGGCACUGGAGACCGGCUGGUCGCCAUCGACAACAGCAUGAGCUCACUCGAGCCCGGCACGCCCGAGGCGGUGCUGUAUCUGGAUCGGGUGCGUGCGCUACUUGGUGAGCUUGCUGCUGUCAACGGCGGGGCCGGCCUCGACGUUGCGCCCGAGCUGCGGCGGGUCUUUGUCUGGCUCGACGCGGCGUACGGAGCCAAGUGCGACGGGGCGCUGGUGGCGGGAGUGGCGGCGGCGAUGGAGGCUGCCCGAGAGACGGCGAAGUGCACGCGAUCGUCGACGCCAUGA